AUGCUCUUCAACUCGGUGCUCCGCCAGCCGCGGCUGGGCGGCCGGAGGGGCGGCUGGUCCUCGCAGUACCCUCUGCAGUCUCUGCUCAUCGGCUACCAGUGCAGCUGCCAUGAUGAGCACAUGUCCUACGGCGAGAACGGUGUGCCCGUGCCUCCCUUCGGGUGCACCUUCUCCUCAGCUCCCAAUAUGGGACAUAUCCUCGCAGUUGCCAAUGAAGAAGGCAUCCUUCGAUUAUAUGACACGGAGUCACAUUCCAACAGAAAGAAGUGCAUCAAGGAGUGGAUGGCGCACUGGAACGCGGUCUUUGAUCUCGCCUGGGUUCCUGGUGAAUUUAAGCUUGUCACAGCCGCAGGCGACCAGACGGCCAAAUUCUGGGAUGUGAGCACUGGUGAGCUGAUGGGCAUAUGCAGAGGCCACCAGUGCAGCCUCAAGUCUGUGGCCUUUUCCAAGUUUGAGAAAGCGGUGUUCUGUACUGGAGGACGGGAUGGUAACAUCAUGGUCUGGGACACCAGGUGCAAUAAGAAAGAUGGAUUUUAUAGGCAAGUGAAUCAGAUCAGCGGAGCACAUAACACCUUAGACAAGCAAACUCCAUCAAAGCCUAAGAAGAAGCAGAAUUCCAAGGGACUUGCUCCUUCUGUGGAUUCCCAGCAGAGUGUGACUGUGGUUCUCUUCCAAGAUGAGAACACACUGGUGUCAGCGGGUGCCGUGGAUGGGGUGAUCAAAAUCUGGGACCUGCGCAAGAACUACACAGCGUAUCGCCAUGAACCCAUAGCUGCCAAAACCUUCCCAUACCCAGGCAGCAGCACACGGAAGCUGGGGUACUCCAGUCUGGUCCUGGACUCCACAGGCUCCACACUGUUUGCCAACUGCACCGACGAUAACAUCUAUGUGUUCAACAUGACUGGACUCAAGGUCUCCCCAGUGGCCACCUACAGUGGACAUCAGAAUUCGACCUUCUAUAUAAAAUCUAGCCUCAGUCCCGAUGACCAGUUUCUGAUCAGUGGCUCCAGUGAUGAAUCUGCCUACAUCUGGAAGGUCUCUGCUCCCUGGCUUCCCCCAACAGUUCUUCAGGGUCAUUCUCAGGAGGUCACGUCAGUGUGCUGGUGCCCCUUCGACUUCACAAAGAUUGCCACCUGCUCCGAUGACAACACUCUGAAGAUCUGGCGUCUGAUUCGAGGCCUAGAGGAGAGGGCGGUGGAUAAGCUCACCCUGGUAGGCUGGGCCUUACCGAAGAAAAAGGAGGCUCAGGCUGACCUGGCACCACUGACCAGUGGCCACAGCACUCCCGCCAUGGUGCCCCAGGCUAGGAGCAGCCCAAUCCUGGCCUCACCAUCAUCAGCUGUUUGUGCGCCCAGCUGCACUGGAGCCUUGCCCCUCCCUUCCAUCACCCCCACUGCACUGAGGACACCCCCAGCCAGAAGGGGCUCAGGAUCUCCAAAGGCCACCACCUCUUUCAAAAUGUCCAUUCGCCAAUGGAUAACCCCAGCACUUUCCCCGUCACCGCCCGCCACUCCGCCAUCGGCAGCGGCUCAGCCACUAUCCCCACGGAAAGCACUGCUACCCGUGAGUCUCAAGUCAUCACAGGCCCGAAGCCGGGCCAAGCGCAGGCUGGACUCAAGCUGCCUCGAUGGUACCAAGCAGAAGUGUGUCAAGAACUGCAUGUGCGUGACGGGGCUCGGGUCCCCAGCCGAGGAGCUGUCAAUGGACAUGUGCUGCCUGGAUAUGGGCAAGGACAGGCAGUCACCUGCCAAGGCCGGCAGGAUGGAUGGGGCCUCCGCUACUGCCACUAAUGUCUUGAUGCCUCCAUCUCCCGCCAUCCCCUGCACCACCGAAGCCUGUGCCAUGAUGUUGCCUCUUUCCCUGGGCACUGAGGGGUCCGAGAUGGUGGGCAAGGAGAACAACUCUCCCGAGAACAAGAACUGGCUCCUGGCCAUGGCAGCCAAGCACAAGGCUGAGGCUCUCUCUCCACGAAGCCCCUCAGCUCAGACCCCCAGUUCCAGGAGACUGAGCGGGAAAACGUCCCCAAAUCCGGGUACUGUCACACCUGGCUCCAUGAGGAAGAUCUGCUCUUACUUUCACCGCAAGCCCCAGGCUGAUUUCUGCAGCCCUGAGCAGUCCACGGAGCUCUGA